UCUCAAACGCGCGCGCCGUAGGAGGGAGGAAUCCGCCCCGUUUUACGCAUGCGCAAAGCCUUUCUCCUCCCCACAUCUCCUUCAGCUGCCUUUUUCCCAGUGGCAGCCAAGGAAAAGUCAGAGAGCGCGCAAGGGAGGAGGUGUCCCGAAGCGCAGGCGCGAGUUCGAGGAGCGUGGCGGAAGUAGACGCCGAAGAAGUCAAGAAGCGGUCAGAAAGGGGCGGAGCUAAGCAAGGACGCGGCCGCUCAUAUCCCCACAGGGAAAGGCACGGGAUAAAGCCCUCCGCCCCGACCGAGGCCCCGCCCCCCGACCGAGGCCCCGCCCCUCCUCGCGCUAUGGAGACGUCAUCGCCGUCGCCGCAGCCUGAGAUGGAGCAGAACCAAGCAGAAGACCUUCAUCUCAGACAUGUAGAAAAAGAUGUUUUGAUUCCUAAGAUUAUGAGAGAGAAAGCCAGAGAGAGGUGUUCUGAUCAAGUGCAAGAUUUUACGAAAUGCUGCAAAGACUCUGGCUUUCUUAUGGUGGUAAAAUGUCGGAAAGAAAAUUCAGCUUUAAAAGAAUGCCUAACUGCACACUAUCAAAACCCAGAUUUUUAUGAAGAAUGCAAAAUGGAAUAUUUGAAGGAAAGAGAAGAAUUCAGAAGAACUGGAAUUCGUUCUAAGAACAGGUUGCAGAAGCUUCCUACCAGCAUGUAACAAAAUAGUUAAUUAUGAAUAAUUUUUACUUUAAUUCUAAUGGCAAAAGCAUGAGGCAAGAAGCAGUAUCUUUGGUUUGCCCCUUAAUAUUAUGGAUAUAUUUUUGUUGUUUGAAAUAAAUAUCUUUUAUUACACUUCUUUAAUAAAGUUUUAAUUUAUUGGUUAGAUUAUGAGUGAAUAGAAGAAAUGUGUUUAUGAAUAAGGUGGAUGGAUUUCCCUCCCUCCUGCCUGUGGAUGUGUAAGUUCUGCUAAUUUUUACCAUCACUGGUCUCUCUCCCAGAUGGCAUGUAGUGGAAGGAAGAAUCUUAAGGAAAAGAAUCUCAUUAUCUUGAGUAGACAAUUAAAGGACUGGGUGGGAAGGGGGAGGGAGAAAAUACCUAGAAACUAAGAGGGUACUUAUCAGCUGGGCUGUAGCUCAAACUUCAGUCUGAAUGUAAUGGAAAAUCAUUGCGCCAGGAAGUAAAAACUGACGGGAUUUCAGAGACUUGGGAAGGAGGGGGAACAAGCUUAACUAACACUGCACAACUGCAUGUAAGGGAAGACAGUGCUGAAACUCUCCUCCCAGCGGGGGCCACCUACAUUUCCUAUAACGGAAGCACGGUGUCCGUCUCCUGAGAACGCUGGACUUGAGCGGUGGGAGACUUGGUCGCUGUGGGAAUUUGUUGUGCUUGAUCACGCUUACUGUGGAGCUUUUGUUGAGAAGGCAAAAGACCUAGUGAUGGUGAUGUCUGGAAAAAAAAAAAAGCCUUUAAAACAGCAUUUAAAGUACCCAUGGAACAGGGGAGAAGGAAGCAAAGCGAGAGAGUUCUGAAAGUGAUGGCUCGAUGCAUUAGAUACACAUUUAUUUAAAUCAAGCGGCAUGCAACAGAUUCAGUUUUUUAUACAAUCUUUUUACAAAACCAUUGUACAUGGAAAUGCUCAUGGAUGAGGGAGCAGGAAGUGCUGUUUGUUAGAUUUAGAAUAAUGACAUUCAAUUAAAAAGAAAACGUCAGCCAAAGACCUAUAGACUCUACCAAAAUCUGCCUUUUACCCCAAGUACUUUCCUUAAAAAAGGUUGGGGCAUUGUACAUAAUGAACAAUAAAUGACAUCACAAGAAAACAAUAAAUAUAUUUUAUUUUAAUAAGAAAUCAUUGGUUACUGACAUAAGUCACUUCUGAAACAUCAGAUCAUCAGACCACUCACUAAUACACCGGUUAAAAACUAUCAAAUGAGAACAUAGCAUGAAAAUGAGAAAAGAUGGCCUGUAAUUGAAGUAACUACAGCCUGACCUACUUCAGAACACAGGAAAUGGAUUAAAAUGGCAAAUAACGGGAACUCUCACUGUUUGCUAAGGAAGUUCAGCCUAUGUAAAUCAGUUGUCACAAGGAGAUUGCUUUGCCAUGAGGCACUUGAUCCUGCCAAGUAGCAAGUUAGGUCAAGGGCAUCAAAAGUUUAGGAUAUGAAUGCAUUUGGAAAUCUUAACAGAGGAAAAUGGUGGAAGAUGGAGUGGUUCAGAUGGAGUGGUUCCUGCUUAAAACAAUGUUUAGACAAAUGGCCCAAAGAGAAGCUGUUGCAAUAAUCAAGUGAGCCAAGUCAUUGGAUGAAAGUGGCAAAGACGUGUAAGGUCGGUUUGUGUGAAACUUUUCACAGUGAUUUCAAUGGGGCCGUCACAUUCGCAUUCUAGCCUCACAGCACCAGGUGGGCUUUGUGAAAAAAGAGAUGUCCUGAAGGAUGUAACAAUGGGAAGUAAAAUCACACGUGGAACAUGGAUACUCAGAAAAGGGAUAUCCCAAGGACAAAUGUGAGGACGUUGAGGGAACAGUGAAAGAUGAGAGCAUCCCAAUGUAUGGGAUUUUUCAGAUGAGAUUACUCAAAAAAAAAAAAAAAAUUCACAAGAGAAUAUAAAUCACUACUGACCCUUCUGUCCAUUUUCCCAUUUUUGCAAAAUGAAAAAAAUUAUUCUUGCUUCAGAUCAUAUCUUCAUCAUCACGGUUGACCAAAAAGUGGCAAAUACAAGAUUCCAGUACACUUACUUUAUGUUGAUUAUUUGUGUCGAUUGCUCCAAGCCCAAGGAUACUGCAGACCCCUCUUAAAAAUACCUGUUUGGUCAAGAGUUUGACCUAUCCAAGAAAAAUGGGAAGUCACCUGUUGUUCAGAUAACAGUUGGAUGGCCAACACUGACAGCUGAUCCAAUCGAUAUUAGGAAACACAAUCUUGGCAAAUGGAUGAUGAGUUGGGCCCUGAGUGGAACAGGAAGAGAUUGGCUUUCAUAAUCCGCCCAAGGCUUUCCAUGGCCUCAUGUUACUUUCUGAAACAAAGGAAUUUUAAAGGUGACAGCCAUAGCAAACCAUAAGCAAGCACCAAGUCUUGGGCUCGAAUCCUCUCUCAGAGACUUCUGCUUGUGUGAUCCUGAGCAAAUCAUUUGAUGUUAGCCUGUUUACUCAUUUGUAAAGCAAGUUUGAUGCAUUUUCCUCACAGGGCUAUGGUGAGGAUCAGUAAGAGCAACAUUUCUGGGUGGCAGAGAAGCCCAAGAGCUGGACUUAAGAGUGGGGACAACCAGAAUCCACAUCUCCCUCAGCUGUUUGUCUCAGGUGAUCCCGGGCUCUUCCAGCCAAUGAGAAUAUCCCCUUCUUCACAGGAUCGUCUGUGGGGGCUCCAUCGCCAAUGAAUCCAAAGCUUUGUCAGCUCUAGCAAGUGCUUCUGGGAGAAAAUAAGAUUCCCAGCACGUGGCAGUCAGUUCAGUUGGAAAAAUAAUAGGGUAUGAAAUAACGUGGAGGAACAGAAAAUCUAAAGUACUCAGACCUGGAUUUGAAUUCUGACUCUGGACAAACACUGGCUGGGUGACUACAGGCAAAUCACUCAGUCUCUCUGAGCUACAUUUCUUCAUCUCUGUGAGAUGAGACUCCCUCCAUUGAUGUACGUCGGUAGUGUCAAACUCAAAUAGAAACAGGUCCCUAAACCAUUAUAAGGAUCCCUGUGACUUAGAAAACUACAUGUGAAUAUCAUCCAUGCUUCAUUUAUUUUGUGAAAUAUUUCCCAAUUUUGUCUCUGGUUCCGAAGCCUGAGGCUUAUUUGAUGCUUCCGAUGUGAAUCAAGAUGGUAGUGGGUGAUUCUUGAAAAUGUUCUCCUGUGCAUCUCAUCGGGAAGGUAGCCAUCCAGACACCCUCCUCCUGAUACUGCCUGGAUAACACAGGAACCGUCAGCUGCUCUUUACUUACUGGGACAAGCUCCAUUAAAAAUGUUGCUUACACAAUUCUAUGAUGACAUACGUGAGGCGACUUGUACACAAUUCUGUUGGUAACAUACUGACUGCAGCCUGCUACUGCCCUCCAUACCCUGUUUUCUGGGAUUCAGUAUUAAUCCUAAGAAGUGCUUAAUAAAUACUCUCCUAAGACCCACAUGUUAAACAUCUACACCUGCAAAGGGCAGCACUGUUCAAAUGCAUCUCUAAUACAUGAAACUAUCUGAUGGACUCUCUUUGUCAGUAUUGAGCGUUUUCCGCCUGGAACACCACAGGGCAUUUCUGUUAUAUGUAUUAAUUUGUGUAGGAGUCAUAUCCUAUUAACAAACAUCAUUGUUUCCAUGAAACUGGAAUCUAAGUUUUUCCUAAGCAAAAGAAAUCUAAGCAAUUUCAAUUCUAAAGAUUCUAAAAGGGUAUAUGGAAAUCAACUAUCCAUAGAACAAUUAACUCUCCCAUAACACGUGGCAGUAUUCCGAGUGCUUAAUAGAGAAGCCAAGAUCAUCUAGAUCUUUUCAUGCUAAGUCCAAUGCUCUUUCCAUAAAAAACAUUCUUUCAAUACCCCUUUUCAUACCUCUACUGCAUUUUUUGAUUUAAUUUGACAAGCAGAACAAAGAAAUCUUAUUUUGCAGACAGAGAUCACUAACUAGGCUCAUGCCCCCAGAAGUUAUUCCAGUCUACAAAAAAUUGCUUUUUAGACAUAACCUAAAGACAUCAUUAGCUACAGAACAUUUUAAAUUGUUUGAUAACUUUUACCUCUAUUGAAUGCUGCAGGACCCUUCAAGACUGCCAGCUUCUGGAGUAGAGAGAUUGUAUCUCAUUCAUCUUUUAAUCCCUCUCAUUAAUUAGCAGUGACUUCAAAGUGUAAACUCCCUGUAAAUUUGUGUUCCAGUGUAUGUUGUAUGUUAGUAGAGAAAAGCAAUUUUCCUAAUGCCAGGGGAUACUGGUAUUAAAAAACAAACAAUAUGAGAAAUGUGUUAUGUUUAGAAAACAACAUCAUGAGAUAGAUCAAGUAGGAGGGAAGAAGGGAGGGAGGGAGGAAUGAAGGAACAUGUUACAGGAAAUGGAACACAAAGAAUUUCACAUGCAGUCAUAUUCAAAUAAAAAUAAUUUAUUUAAAUCAAACAAUAUGAUUUCAUCUUUGUAUAGUUCAGAAUGUUAUCCAAGCCAGUGUCUCUCCCAAUUUACUACUUUUAAAAAGGAAAAAAAGACUCAAUUUUGGUUAAGGAAAAGCCAACACUGGGAAAGCUACAUUAGAGAUCAGACAUAACGUACAGUCUAUGCAGCCACAUGAGAAAUAGUUUCUGCCACUUUGUUAUUACACAGGUAGUUGGUUCUAUCAGCUAAAGCCUAGUGACUUGUAUUUGUUUUAUGCAUAUUGGGUUUGUUCUAUUACUUUGCAAGAGAUUGUACUCCCUUGAGUCAGCUGUGUUCAUUGGUCAGAAUAAAUUCCAGCAUCUGACACCAUUUCCAUUAAUCACAGACAAGCCAGUAUACG